AAUAUCUAUCACACUACAAUUCAAGACCUCUCUAAUUUCGAGUUUGAGGGCGAACUGUAUUGUUACUCUACAACUGUGAUGAUGUUCUGAAGUGUCUCAAUGUUAUAGAAUAAGAUUGCAGUUUUUAAAAACAAACGCUGGACACCUACAUAAUGGACCUUCCCAGAGUGCCAGUCUUGAAAACUUAAUCAUAUUUCCAGGUUGUUAUUAUAUAAAAUAAGCAAACAUGAUUUAUUUUAAUUCUGCCAAAAUGAUCCACUUUGACUGACAUAGUCUGCAGUAGCAAACGAGCAUCGAAAAUAUGAUUACUGUAUACUUCAAGAUAUUUUUCUUAUACCAAAGGAUAUAGAAGCUUAUAAAAUGGAGCUAUUAAGUUGGCUUCAUGAUUUACUUAAUACACAGUAUUAAUUACCAAAAAUCUUAUAAUAAUGAGGACGUGUUUCAUUUGGUUCCCGUUGAUCUUUGUCACGGUUGAGUUAUUUCCUCAGCUUUCGUUUUAUAAAUGUCAAAUGUCAACAAGAAGAAGUCGGUGUCAAUGUUUCAACAAAAGUCCUUGGUUUCAACGGGGAUUUGUUAUCAAUUCAAGAUUUUACUAUACGUAUGAAAGGUGAUCCAGUAUGUUGGAGUAGCUUCUGUAUUAAUUACUUUGUACCUGCUGGUUCAAUUAGCUAAAAGUGUCUCCUUAUUCUGUGAUGAUCCCAGCUGCUGCAAGAAUUAUCCGAGUUCAUUGCCUUCAGUGUCAGUUCCUGCUAUUGAAGUAUUUUAAAGGAGGACGUGGAAAACUUGUGAAGUGUUACCUUGAACGAAUCAAAGUUGAUUCUACUAAAGAGAAAGGGAUUUGUCCAAAUUGCAAGACACAGUUUGGAAGACUGACAGAAAUCAAAAGAAAAGAGGCAAUUAAGAUUAUUCAGGGGAAAGUUUUCACAAAAAAUUGACAAGGAGCAUGGCAGAUAUACAAAGUUGUCUAGAUGAUAUGUCAGUUAUUGAUGAAGAGUUGCUAGAAGUUGAAAGUGAGCUGCAUAGUAUACUAGAGAGACAGUCUCAACUAUUAGAGAGGAAAAGAAGGCUACAAGCAAGACUGGAUCUCAUCACAGAGAAGAAAGCAUUGGAUACAAACAAAAGAGAUUAUUCAAAGUCAGAUUUUCAAUGGUCAAGUCAGAUUAAAGAGCUUAUGAGUUCUACAUUCAAGGUUGAUAGCUUACGCCCUCUACAGUUGGAGACGAUGAAUGUUACAUUGUCCAAAGAAGACUGUUUCCUGAUCAUGCCCACAGGGGGAGGGAAGAGCCUUUGUUUUCAGCUUCCAGCAUUAAUUUCUUCUGGUAUAACCCUUGUUAUAUCACCAUUGGUUUCUCUGAUGGAGGACCAAGUGAUGGCCCUUCAAACCUUAGAGGUUCCAGUUGCUUGCCUUACUGCAUCCAGCUCCAAAGAAGAAACCAAGUGGGUCCACAGCCAGAUGUCAUGUGGAAGACCUGACAUCAAAUUGCUGUACGUUACACCAGAAAAGCUGGCCAAGAGUAAACGAUUCAUGGCAGCUUUGGAAAAGCUGCACAAGGCAAGAUGUCUAGCAAGGAUUGCAAUUGAUGAAGUUCAUUGCUGUAGUGUUUGGGGGCAUGAUUUUAGACCAGAUUAUAAAUUUCUUGGUAUAUUGAGGCGGCAGUUUCCCGGAGUGCCAAUACUAGGAUUGACUGCAACUGCUACACCAGAAGUUCUGAAUGAUGUCAAGAAAAUCCUUCAGGUGGACAAGGCCAAAACUUUCAAGUCUACCUUCAACAGACCGAACCUAUUUUAUGAGGUGCAGCAAAAAUCUUCAAAUAAAGCCACAUGCAUCCAAGAUAUAGUAUGCUUAAUCCAGACACAGUUCAAAGGUCAAUCAGGAAUUAUUUACUGUUUUUCUCGUCUGGAAUCUGAAAAGGUAGCUGAGGGUUUAUCUAAAGCGGGUGUAAGAGCAUGUGCUUAUCAUGCCCAACAAGAGGCACAGACGAGGACUGAUGUUCAUCAACGAUGGAAACAAGACAGGAUACAGGUUGUAGUUGCCACCACUGCCUUUGGAAUGGGAAUCGAUAAACCAGAUGUAAGGUUUGUUAUACACCAUUCCAUGAGCAAGUCCAUGGAAAACUACUACCAAGAAAGUGGACGAGCAGGACGUGAUGGACAACCUGCAGCUUGUAUACUUAUGUACUCAUUUUCUGAUAUAUUCCGUCAGAGCGCUAUGGUUUUCACUGAGCAAACAGGCCUAGAAAAACUCUUCCAGAUGGUCACAUAUUGCCUAGGUGCUUCCAAAUGUCGAAGAAAGUUAAUUGCAAGAUAUUUUGCUGAGACUUGGGAUAGCAGUGAAUGCAAUUCUAAAUGUGAUGUCUGUGCUAACAAAACUCAAGUGUCUAUCGAGCAAAAUGUUACAGAUAACUGUCUUGAGAUAUUCAGCAUUAUUCAUAAAGCUAGCUUGAAAGAUUCACAAGUUACAGCACUUAAAUUAUUGGACAGCUGGUCUGGAAACAAGUCAAAAGGUUCUUGUUUAUCCCAGAAUCAACGUGAGCAAAUCAUAGCCCAUCUUAUUCUGCGCAACUAUCUGGAGUUAAAGUUCCACUUCACACCUUACAACACAAUAUGCUAUAUUCAACCAGGCCCGAGAGCAUCACAUGUUAGUAGCGGGGGACCAGCGAUAAAAAUGACACUCCUAGGUGAGGGAAGCUCUAAGGGUAAAAAGGAUAGGAAGGGGUCAAAGAAUGUAGGCCCCAAGGAUGUUGCGCUGGAAAAUGAUAGGAAAAAAGUUGUAAGCAAGACAAGCUCAUCAAGUGUGAUCGAGACCAUUGAAGUUUCAAGUGAUGAGGAUGAUUUUGAGGUGGUACCACUCACAAAUCACUUAAAAAGUAAACGAGAUUCGCAAGUACAAAAUAAGCGUCAAAAAUUAGAAUUAUAGGUCUUAGAAGAUACAUAAUGGUAUCCGUUGAGCUCGACUAGUCUCUGAUAUCAUCAAUACAAAUUGAAAUACAUUGUAAGACUACUAUAAUUAAAAUAAGAUCUGCAGGGUUAAUGAUUUUUUAGGGCCUCAAGAGCAGUGCUUGGUUAUAAAUAUUCCACAAUUGGUAAAUAUAAUACUGUACUAGCUUUUGAGUGUAGUACACCAAAUUAGUCACCAACGCUGUUGGGUAUUCUAACCAAAACUUUAAAAAAAUAUGUAUAGUGUUCAAGAGUGAUUCAGGAAAACAAGCUGUAGUAAAACUCAAAUCCCUUUAUAAAUGUGUACAUCUUAACAUCAAAAAUGAUGACGGGCAGUGUAUGUACAGCUAAGGCUAUUGUACACAAUGUUACAGAGUACAAAGUAUCUUACACACUGAUUUAUUGUUUCAACAGUUUGAAACUACUGUGCUGUAGAAUAUGCAUUUUGUUGUUUGUAAUCCUGCCCAACAAGCUAAAUUUGCUGACUAAUUGGGUGUAUUAUUUAUAAAAGAUAAACAUUAACGCUGAAUCUAUUCCUGUAAGUUAAACAUAUGUUUUUCAUCAAUUUGUGUCACCUGUAUUAAUAAAUGCU